GGCUCACGGGUAUUCUGGGGCGAUGAGGUGUUUGGGAGCGAGAUUACCGCCAAUGGCUCUUCGUGAUGUAGUUAGUAUAAGAGAACCCAUGGGCUGCCAUUGUUCUGGGGUUAUGAAAGAGAGCAUCACAGCAACAUAGACAUCUUCACUCAAUACCUACUAUACAAUUACAUCACAUCACAACAUCAUCUAUAUAUCAUCAUAUAUAUAUAUAUAACUUAUAAAUCUCCUCUCUGCUACAUCUUUGCAAUAGAGAAAUAUAGACAUCUCCACUCUUCACAUAUCAACAACAUCUCAACUCGAAUAAAUCAACUUCGACACUUGUCUUACUAAACAACAUUAUUGGAUAUCCAACAAAAAAAGUCUCGUCUCAUCUAAACAAAAACACUUCACAUAAAAAAAUGUCUGCCGCCAUCGCUUCCCGAGCUCAAGCUCCCCUCUCCGCUCUCGCCCGACAAGCCUUCAAGGCCUUCCGGCAAUCAACCCGGAUCGUCGAGGGCCCUACUGAGGCUCUUCCCGCCACCGUCAAGGGCGCUCGCGCCGACUGGGGCCGUAUCGUGCGUGCUCGUGCCGGCGUUGCUGCAGUAUACUUCCCGAUGAUGGGCACCUUCCUCACCUGGCCCUUCAUGGCCAAGUACUUCCUCGACGGCAACGUGGGACGGUUUUAAAUUUUCCACCUACACCUUCAUGGGAUAUAUAGGGGGAAGGGGGGAGAUGUAAUCAACAAUGUCCUCUCCAACCCCCUUUCGUCACGACGACUCACAUACUAUCUACUUCUUGUGCAUAGC